AACUCUCCCAAAACCACUGCUUUACGGCUGUCGUAACGUUAGCAACUUUGGGAGUAAUUGCAAAUACACCCGCCACUUGGAAAUACACCCCUAAAAUCUCUGGCUAUGCGGUUGGAAUAACUGGAAACUUAACAAUUCCAUUGCCAGCUAUGCGGAUACUGAGUGGGGUCCCCUUGAGAACGAAGCAACACAAAAAGAAUGAGAGUUGCUGAAAGAAUUCUAAGUCCAAUGCCAAGUAACCUGUUGCUGGCUACGCGGCUACGGAGUGGGAGUGCAGUGGAGCAAGACGUGUGUAGGCCUAGUACGUACAGCUACCGCUGAGAAGGUUUAUUGAGGGCAGUCAACCAUGACUCCCUAGCCGGCUACGAGGUGCAUAGAUUGAGUGAACCCUGAUGUAGACUCGCACAUGCGAAGGAAAAAGAAGAAGAAAAAAAGAGAAAGCAAGUCUGACUAUGCUUGGAUAAAGACUGAGCAUGAAACACAGCUGUCUGGGGCACAGAGUGAAAAUGUGGAUUUUUGGAAGGUGGAAGACAAUCAAACUCAAGAUGCUCCCAAGAAAAGAAAGAAAAAGAAGAAAAGGAAUGUGAAAACCGAGGAUUUAGUGGAUGGUGCGUCCAGUGUGGACUUGAACAUGGUCUGUGAUUCUGACAACUUUGACAGCGGUUAUCAUCCAGAUGGAUGCACUCCUAAGAAGAAAAAGAAGAAAAAAAGGAAACACUCUGUUCUUGGGGAUGCACAGUCUAAGGAAAUCAACAAGAGAGAAAUGGCUUCACAGGAAGAGCUUCAAAAUUUAGAGGAGGGACGCCCCUUUUCAUUUCAGAUUGAGCGUCAACCACACAAGUGUAAAAAGAAAAGGAAACAGAAAGAACUGGAGCAACUACUUUCAAGGACACUUGUUGUAGAUGAACAUGAAACUGACUCCAUCUUGUCUGCAUCAGAUUCCGCAAAGCAAACAAGUGAUGAUGCAGGCCACAAGAAGAGGAAACAGAAGGUGAAAGGAGACCAUUCUCCUCAAACUUUGUGGAAAAAGACAGCUGACAUUGAGGCUAAGUGCCAGAAACGGAAGAGAAAAGCUCAGGAAAAUCUCAAUAAAUUAAAAGGUGACAAAUACAAUGAGUCCAAUCAUGGUGACUCAGUCACAGAGAGUGUGGGACAUAGUGUGCCACAGAAGAAAAGGAAGAAGAAGAACAUUGUGAUGGACACUUUGCAAACAAGUGGGUAUUCAGAAUCACAAAUUCCUAGUAAUAACUUGGACGUCCAGAAAAUAACACCUGAAAAUGCUCCCAAAUCCAAGAAGAGAAGAAAAAAGAAGAAAAAAUCAACUUGCUCAAAAGAUGGCAACGAUGAUGCAAUGUCAACCCAGUCAUCUGAAAUGAACAACUGUCUUGUAAAAUCAAGACGUAAACAGGUGAAAUCUGAUUGCUCUGCAACAGCAUUGUCAAAGAUCUCACUAUCAUCAUCAGAAGAAAUUGACCCACCAUCCGAAGGUGAACCUUAUGAAGCCGCUCACUCAAAGACUAAUGCCUCACUGGAGAAACAACAGUUUUUCCCUUCAGCAUCAAGGUCCGUGUCAAGUCCAUGGUGCUUUGGUGGAAAGGCCUGCCCAUCCGAGACGGAGGAGGAUAAUGCAUGGAUCAAGGAUCUACCUUUCUAUUUUAAAGAUCCAUCUAAGAUUGAUUUAACAGUAACAUCUGUAACACCAAAAGAAGGAGUUGUGUUGAACAAAGGAAAGUGGACUGGUCUGGAGGACAGGAUCCUCCAAGCAAAUGUUGACAGCUUCUGCAAACAAUAUAACAUCAAAGAUAUUAAGGAGGUGAUACUUCCACUCCUGUUUGAAGAAAGGACACAAAUUCGCAGGUUCCUUCGUCAACACAAUUAUAUUCUCCGACUCUGCAGAGGACUCAAGCGGUUGCCUCUUGAUGUUUACGUCAGGUCACGGAAGAUCUGUGAUGACCGAAACUACAAAGGAAAAUACACAGAAGAAGAAAUAUCAGCUAUCAUGAAGCUGAGGAAGGUGUAUGGGCACAGGUGGACUCAGAUUGCUCGACGGGUUGACCGUUCAGGCCAAUCUGUGCAGGACUGGUACCGCAGUAGACCAAUGCAAGGACACAGGUCUGACAAAUGGAGCAAGAGUGAACAGAGGCAGUUAAGGAGCGCAAUCAUGGCUGCGACUAAGACAGAUGAGGAGGAUCUCCUGCACCAACUGGUUGGUAUCCCAUGGCGAGAGGUUGUCCCAAAGGUUCCCACACGCAGCAGAAGUCAGUGCAUGAACCAAUGGAAGCAUAACUUGUGCUGGAGUGUUGGGGACAGAACCAAACGCGAUUGGACACCUGAAGACUCAGUUGAUUUGAUUGAAAGUGUGUAUGCCCUUGAUGUCAAUGAGGAAUUUGAAAUAGACUGGGUCAAGAUGCACAAGAAAUUCUGGGAAAGGGCACCUUCCCCUGCCAAAUUAUCCCUACAGUGGUACACUCUCAAGCUGAAGCAUCUCAAGAACUGGCACUUCAUGACGUUUGAAGAGAUCUUGGAUGAGUUGUAUCACAAAAUCCUUCCAAUAUUGAAAGAGCGUAUCCAACAACGUAUCCAACGACGGAUCCAACGACAGGAAGCCCGCCAAUCCCGAUUCAAAUCCAAGGAGUUCAUCAGUGAUACAGAGGAGGAUUCCUGCUCUGACAACGAGUGGUAUUAGGCAUUGCUAUGCCCAAACCCAACUCAGAAUCCUAUUUGCCCAAAUUGGUAUUUUCUUUCUAGGAAUAUAUUUACUGAUUGUGUCAAAUGUUGAAUUGAGUUUAUUGUGAUAUUGUUUGAGUGAAUACAUGCUGGGAUUCAAGGAUUUCAUUGCUGAUUGUAAAGAGGACAGUGACCAUAGUUUAGACGAAGAAGUUAAUGUCCAGAUCCAACUCGUAAUCCUAAAAAUUCAACUUGGAAUCAUCCUUCAUGUAGAUCAUUCAGUGAUUUUUUUUCAGAUAAAGAAUUACGUUGAUUGUGAUUUAUCAAGUGAUUGUAAGUUCAGAGUUGUAACGAGUCACUGAUUUUUGUGACUCGAGUCGAGUCAUUUUAAAGAAGUGACUUGAGUCGAUCAUUAGGUCAAGAAGGUUGAGUCGAUCGUCAAAUAUAUAGCUGGAGUCAAUUCGAGUCAAAUUUAUUUCAAAUAAAUUUAGCCGGCGUUCGAAUCCAAGAGCUAAAUAAGAAAUCGCCCAAAGCCACUGAUGAAACAACGAAUUG